GAGAAGAAACGAAAACAGGUUCCAAUUCGCGCUUUUACCGUCGAUUUAUUCUAUAUCUAUCGCCUGCACGACAAUUGGGGGUCAUUAUAAAACAGUUGCAUGACUUUUUUUGAUCAUCCUGAACCGUCACCCGAUCUUUUUUUCCCAAGUCACAAAACUAUCAGCCUUCCUGGCUACGAUCAAUCCCUCUCCAACACAUUGGUAGAGGUUAUUUAUUAGAGCUAGCAUACUAGCAAGCUCUUACCUGGCAACCUGGGAUUCUUUUCAAGCAAUUGGUUUUUUGGCCUAGACUCACCACCAGGACCAAUCACAAUGCAUCACAGUCGUCGCAGAUCCGGCCACGCCUCGACUAAUAGCUCUACGACCGACGUUCGUAAGGCUGUCACAACUUCAGAUCUCUCCAAGCCCAGGCGACCGCAAACAUUAACUAGGAGAUCAACCCCUCAGACAGUACAGAAGCUGGGUAAGAACCCUAGGGAUCGUGAAAGGGAAUGGGAGGAGGAGCGCUGGUUCGAAGACGAACGGGAGAGCUUCCCGCAAUUCUGUAUGACUUGCGAAAAGCAAUUCACCCCACAGGAUGAAAAGUUUUUAUAUUGCUCCGAGGCGUGUCGCGAGUAUGACCAGAACGCGAGCGUAAGAGCAGCGUCAUCACACCCAUCGAGUAAGGGACAUGAUAGUUUCGGCGUCAAUUUGCCGUAUUACUCGGCUGGGAACUCAGAACCCCGAGACAUCAUCCCACGCGCCUCCCCGUCCCGCUGGUCGCCCCCUACGACACCAACAACAAAUAACCAGUACACCAGUGCCGUUACGGCUUUGAGGUCAUUAAGUAUACGACCUGUGAGCCCGACUUCGCCCGGUCCUGGUAACGCCAUUUGGCCAUUUACCCGCAGUGCCGUUACCAGCCCUAGUACAUCCUACACGAAAGCGACCAACAACUUCUAUUCCUCUACCUACGAUAACGGUUACGCAGUAACAGGUUACGGAUACAACCACGGCGGUGUGACCUCAGACCGACCGUUACCCGCAAGGAAACCAGGAGCCUACUCGAGACCUAAGAGUAUUGAGCUAGUUACGCCGAUAGUUGGCCGCUGAAAGAAAUCGCUUUCAAAGAACGAGUUCUGGGCGCCAUAGCGCUGACGUGAGCCUCGGAGAAAUCUGACGCAUCGACCGAUUUUGCCACGUUCAGCGGGUCAGAUCAGUGCAUAAUAGCGUGGGGAAGUCCUGGGAGCGAGAUAACGA